UGGUUUUAUGCGUUUAAGAACCCAAUCAAAUGUGAAGUGAUGCAACUAGAAAGUAUCAUUAGAUAAGGCAAAACAAAUACACCCUUCCCUUUUCUACAGUCCAUUUCCUUUAUAUAAACACUGCCAAGCAAAUGUGAAGUGAUUUCACAGUCUGAAUAUUUAAAUAUAAGAAAGCCCAUGAAAUGAAAGUGGCUUUGAAUAUUGCCACAAGGCUUCUUGUGGUGCAUCCCAGACCCAAUUUGAAUAGUGUGAGGGAUUUUUCAUCAUCACAGACACCAACCUUUGUUCUUCCUCUUCUCCACACUCACCGUCCCGCCAAAACCCUCCUACGAAUCGCGACGCCGUCGUUUCGAAGUUGCGGCUGCGCACCAAUGUCCACGCUCCAUAUUCGCGAUAAAAUCGACCUCUCCGACAUCGAGAGAAGAAUCUUCGACAGGCUUCUCGCCACUCUUCGCCACUUCCACCUCCAAACUCAGCUCCGAGUCGCCGGUGGCUGGGUCCGCGACAAGCUUCUGGGAAAAGAGUGCUAUGACAUUGAUAUCGCUCUCGACAAUAUGAUGGGAACUGAGUUUGUGGAUAAGGUUAGGGAGUACUUGUUGUCCAUUGGCGAAGAUGCACAGGGAGUUUGUGUUAUCGAGAGCAAUCCUGACCAGUCCAAACAUUUGGAAACAGCCAGGAUGCGUUUGUUUGAUAUAUGGAUUGAUUUUGUUAACCUAAGGAGUGAAGAAUACACUGAGAAUAGCCGCAUUCCUUCUACGCAAAGAUUUGGCACAGCAGAAGAGGAUGCAUAUAGGAGGGAUUUGACAAUUAACAGCUUGUUCUACAAUAUCAACACUGACUCAGUUGAAGAUUUCACUAAGAGAGGCAUCUCAGAUCUUAAGUCUGGAAAGAUAGUGACACCUUUACCUCCAAAGGCCACAUUUCUUGAUGAUCCGUUACGAGUUCUUCGAGCCAUUAGAUUUGGUGCUAGAUUUGAAUUUACUCUAGAUGAAGAUCUGAAAGUAGCUGCUGCAUAUGAUGAUGUGAAAGAUGCUCUAGCUGCUAAAAUUAGCAGAGAGCGCAUUGGAACCGAGAUUGAUCUGAUGAUAUCCGGAAAUCAGCCUGUCAAAGCUAUGACUUAUAUUUGUGAUCUGACACUAUUUUGGAUUGUAUUCAGUCUUCCUCCUGAAUUUGAACCCGCCAUUUCAGAUGGGUGUGAAAGGCUUUGCGUUUCUUACUUGGAUACUGCAUGGAACCUUAUCCAUUUACUUGGAGAGUCAACUUUUACUGCUGAACAAAAAAGGUUAACACUUUGUGCUGCUUUGUUUCUCCCUCUUAGAAAUGUCACUUACAGAGAAAAGAAAGCUAAGAAGAUUCCUGUUGUUAAUCAUAUUAUCAGGGAAUCUCUCAAGCGGAAAGCUAAGGAUGCGGAAAUGGUGCUUAAUUUACACCAAGCGUCAUAUAAAUUUUUGUCAUUGAUCCCUUGUCUUGCAUCUAGUGAGGAUGUCCAAGUUGUUGAUCAUGAUUGGCUGAGAGACUUAGUGGAUGUCCCUGUCACUUCUAGAGUCCGGGUACUAACAGGGUUUCUCUUAAGAGAGCUUAAAGAUUAUUGGCAUGUUGCACUGUUGAUAUCCACUAUACUACAUCCCAUUGACAUUAAGGAUGAACCCUCACAGUUGAGCAAACGAAGAGAUCUGUUUAAUACUGUGGAGAAUUCUAUAACCAAACUAGGCCUUGAGAAAGUAUGGGACAUAAAACAAUUGAUCAAUGGCAAAGAUGUUAUGAAUGCCCUACAACUUAAAGGAGGACCUCUUGUUAAGGAGUCGCUGGAUAAAGCAAUGGCUUGGCAACUUGCCCAUCCAUCUGGAACUGCAGAGGAAUGCAUUGAAUGGUUGAGAGAAGCCAAUUCUAAGCGUAUUAAGUUGCAGUGACUCCAAUGAGGUUGAUUUCCUUGAUUGAUUGUCUAUUCCUUCCUCACCUUGUUAUGGAUUGAGAGCACAUGUGCCUUGGAUGGAGGAAGCUUAGCCAUUUGGCUGCAUGACGAAGAUGAUAUAGGGAGUACAUCAGCAUUCUUUGCUUGAGGUUGCCCUGCCACUCGCAACUUGAUAAAGCCUCAUGCAGUUCCUUCUCACUUUUGGGAUGUAAAUUUGAACCCUGGAAAGUAUAAUUUAUUUGUUUUUUUUUUUUUUGCGUAAUUGUGAAAGAAGAAAGGAUGAUUAUAGGUAUCAUAGCCUAGUUUUUGUUUAAUGAUAUUUAUAUCUUUGUGUAGUUGUCAAAGAAGAAAAGAUGAGAAUAAAUUGAGCUUUCUGUCAGGAAAAAGUAACCGUUUGUAUUGAGAUUGAAAUGGCAUCAAUUCCGUAGCCUGAAAGAAUUUUAUCUUUCCAGGAACAUAAUACAUUUAGAGACAUAAUCUAUCGAAGUACAAGCCCCCACUUUUUA